GAGGUAGAGAUAGAGAGGAAAAGACGUAGAGGUCAUGAUUCUUCAAGUUGUCUGAACUCUGAAUUUCUUUUUCUUGGGUUUUGGAUUCUUGAGAGAAUCCCACUUCUCUGCUCAUGCAAAGAAAAUAACCCACUUUUUGCAUUGCCUCUAAUGUAUAUUUUAUUAUUAUUAUUUUUUUGUGGAUUUGAGGAAACGUAGGGUUUAGUGCUAGCUUUUUUUCAACUUGUUCUUUUUGUUAAAAGAAGAAAACAGCCUUCGUUGGCACUGUUUUUCUUUUCUGGCAUUUCAUCAUAUACUGUUUGGGGGAAAGGAAAAGAUUGUCCUUGUGAACUUUGUACUGCACUCGCUUGUUUUGUCAACCUAAUGAGAGCAAACCACUUUGUCUUUUGAAUAUUUGGGAAGAUCUCUUAAGUUCUGUUUGGGAAAUCCAAUGAAUCUGCAAAAAAGUUUUUGAUAGGAUUAUUUUUCCUUAGCAAAGGGCUUGGUGGAGGAAGAUUGGUUUGUUGGUGUGGGUGAUAUAUCUCAUCUGCAAAUUAUUGCAAGGUGCCACAUUGCAGUUUGCAUCGGCUUUUCAAAGGCGGAGAAUGGAAAUCAAUAAUAGUGCAACACACAACUGGAUUAUGAGAAAAUGAUGUAUUGAAUGUGCCAAUCGAUAUGAGUGACCACAACACUAUUUUUGAUGCAAUGUUCUCACAUAGGACCUCAGUUCCCGCUGCUCAGUCCAAUGCACCUCACCUGAACAACCAGAAACAAAUCGCAGCUGAAUUUCCUGCCCUUUCAAUGUUGCACGGUGAGCCCAUGAACAAUGUUUAUACUGGUUUCAACAUAUCAAAUCUUGUUGGUCUCCUCGAUUGCGAUGCAACGCUUCCUAGGAAUGCACCCCUUGGAAGAAACACCAUUACAGAUUCUUCAUACCCAACAAAUAACGCUCAGGUUCAAGAGCCAUACUUGGGUGGAAUGCCCAUUUCAGCUGCAUCAGUUGCUACCAUUUUGGCUGCACGGUGUGGACCCCAGGAUAACCUGAAUGAAUUAGCAACUUCCUCACCUUGUUCAGCGUAUCCCCUGGAUAUUUUAAAAUCUUCUGUUCCGAAUGACUAUGAUGAUGCCUUAAAUUCUGUGUAUGCAGCCUCCUUGAACUGUGAAUAUGAUGGAAUACUUGGUGCUAUGAAUGGUAAAUGGGAUUUUGACAAGUUUCUUGCUGAUUAUACUGGGAAAAUCCCUGGAAGAACUGGCUUUCAAUCGCACCAAUUAAUGGGAAAUAUUAAUCCUGAUGGGUGGAUAUCCUCAGACAAUGCUAAUGUGAGGUCUAGUAAUCCUUCAAGCUCAUCGAAAUUUGGUAAUGAGCUCUCAUUAAGUCUUUCCAUGUGCCAGCCUUCUAUUAUUCAUGGAACAAGUGUUCCAGAUCAAUGCUUGGAAAUAAGCUGUGCUGGUGUUACUCACCGUUCUUUGAAUGGAAGACAGUUGGGCUUGGAAACAUCUUGCGACAGUAAGAAUCUCUCUCUGAGUUUUGGAUCUUGUAGACCAGUCCAAUUUCCGCAAUUUUUAUCUGGGUCUAGAUAUCUUCCCGUAAUUCAAGAAAUACUUGCCCAAAUUGCAAGUUAUUCACUUGAAAAUCUAGUCAAGAUGAACUAUUCUGCUAGUCAGAUUGGGGCUGGGGCAAAAUUUAUGUACUCUUCAAGUCAACAUGCUGACAGAGGCUAUUCUGUAGUGGGUUCUGAUGAUUUUCCCGAUAGAGAUGCUAGGUUUGAGGUUCAAUUGGACCCUGUCCUGCAAGGACGGGACGUUGAAGCAAAGAGAAAGCAGUUGUUGGCUCUACUUCAAGUGGUAGACAACCAAUACAACCAAUGCUUGGAUGAAAUCCAUACAACAAUAUCUGCAUUCCAUGCUGCAACCGAGUUGGAUCCUCAAAUUCAUGCUCGUUUUACUUUACAAAGAAUCUCCUCCUCGUACAAGAACCUGAGGGAGAGAAUUAGCACUCAAAUCCUUGCAAUGGGAUCGUAUUGUAACAAAGACACUAGGGAAGAAGAUAGGUCGUUUGAGACAUCCUUUAUCCAGAAGCAAUGGGCUCUCCAACAGCUCCGAAGAAAAGACCAACAGUUAUGGAGGCCCCAAAGAGGCUUGCCAGAAAGAUCUGUCUCGGUUUUACGAGCAUGGAUGUUUCAGAAUUUUCUUCACCCGUAUCCUAAAGAUGCGGAGAAGCAUUUACUUGCCGUGAGAAGUGGAUUGACAAGGAGCCAGGUGUCCAAUUGGUUUAUAAAUGCACGAGUUCGUCUCUGGAAACCAAUGAUCGAGGAAAUGUACACAGAGAUGAAUUGGAGAAAAGGCAGGAGGAACCAUGAAGACACAGACAAAAAUCACAGAAGCCACAAAAGCAUUGAAAGUCAGAGAGUUAACAUGAAUUGACGAUGAAAUACAGGAUCCUCAUUCCAUACAGCAGAUUGGGCUCGACCGUAAGUUGGGAGGGCUAUAUGUUCUUGAGCAAUUUCAUGUUCCAUCGCUUGCUGCAACUUCCGUUGAUUUGUCCUCUUUUCGUCUUAGUUCUCAUUCCUCUGAGUUUUACAUAUGGCAUUCUCGCCUUGGUCACAUUUCUCGCUUUCGUUUGCAAUAUUUAGUUUCGAUUGGUGUUUUGGGAAAUUGUAGUACUCAUAAUAUUUCAAAUUGUAGUGGUUGCAACCUUGGAAAAUUUACAGCUUUACCUGUUUAUAAAAGUACUACUAUUUCUUCUGCUCCUUUUGAUCUUGUCCAUUCGGAUGUGUGGGAUCCUACACCUAUUCCUACUAAAGGGGGUUCUAAAUAUUAUGUGCCCUUUAUUGAUGAUUAUACUUGUCAUUGUUGGAUUUAUCUUAUGAAACAUCGGUUUGAAUUUUCUUCUAUUUUUUCUACUUUUCGUGCCAUGAUUCAUACACAAUACACUGCUGUUAUUAAAUGUUUUCGUUGUGACUUGGGUGGGGAAUAUCGGGAUACUAGCUUUCUUCAAUUAUUACAAUCUGAUGGUACUCUUCAGCAGUCUUCCUGUACUGAAACACCUAAACAAAAUGGUGUGGCCGAACAUAAGCAUCGUCAUAUCAUGGAGACUGCAGGUUCUUUAUUACUUUCCUCUUCUGUUCCUAGUUCCUUUUGGGAUGAGACUAUUCAUACCACUGUUCAUCUUAUUAAUCGUAUCCCCUCUCAGGUAACCUCUGCUAUCUCUCCAUUUGAACAAUUGCAUGGCAAACUGUCCUUCGUGUGUUUAGUUGUACUUGUUUUGUCCUUCUUCUUCGUGCUAAAAGCACUAAGUUGUCUGCUCGUUUUGCUGUGUGUUUUUCUUGGGUAUGGUGAAGGUCAAAAGGGUUAUCGCUGCUAUGAUCCUUCUUCUAGACGUCUCUAUGUUUCUCGUUAUAUUGUCUUUCUCGAACAUAUUCCCUUCUUUUCCAUUCCAUCUACCUCGACUUCUGUCUUUCGGUUUGAUCUUAUUUAUCUCGAACCCUUUCCUGAUAAUAUUCCUUCUGAUUCGUAUGUCCGUAACCUCUCUUCUUCUGAUCUUCCCGCUUUGUCUUCCUUUCCUUCUCAGUUGUCUUAUGAUGUUCUUUCUCCUCCUCCUAUAUUCAUACUUAUGUUUGUCGGAAAAAGCAUGACUUAUCUACAGGUACUACUACUGUCCCUCCUUCAGUUGAGGACCUAUCUGCGGUUGAUGACAAGGCUCCUGCUUCUCGCUAUCCUCAAAAAAAUCAUAAGUCUCCUAAUUGGUUUGGUUUCUCUAACUGCUGUUAUUCUUCUACAUUUUAUUCUUUUUUGGCUUCUAUUCACUCUAUUCCUGAACCUAUCUCCUAUAAGGAGGAUGUUUCUAAUCUUCUUUGAUAGCAGGCUAUGAAUGAGGAGCUUUC